AUGGCCCCUGGGACGUCCUCCCAACGGGUCUCCGUGGUUCCAAGCCAUGCCCUGCGCCGGCGGGUACUGGUAGCGGCGGCCGCCUGUGGAAUUGCAGCCGUGGGCAUCCGCUGGGUGGCGGUAAAGCUCCAGAACGCCUUGCUUUAUCACCCAAGACCCAUUCAUGGCAACCCGACCUAUGAGGCGCUUUUGGCGCAAGCCACGCAGCACCUCCAGCGCUACGGGUACACUGUGGAGGCCUUGAACUACACGUCGAAGGGCCAACAGACAGCGCUGUUGGUGAGGCCUGAACCACAGAGGCCGUCGCCGCUUUGGCUGGUCUUUGGUGGCAAUGCCAUGGUGUCGGUUGAUUGGCUGCCCUUCUGCGACCGGGUGCUGUCGUCCAAGGAUGGCUCCGUGGGCAAGCCGAGCCUCCUCCUCGUGGACUACCCUGGCUAUGGCGACAACAGUGGAGAGCCAUCGCCUGGCUCAGUCCUCGAAGCCUCGAAGCGAGCCUUGGAGCGAGUGCUGGAGCAUCUCCCUGCGCCCCCGGAGUCAGUGAACCUCUUCGGUCACAGCCUGGGCGCCGCUGCAGCCGCGCAGCUGGCGGUGGAGCUGUUGAGGUCAGAUCGCCCGCCGGGGCGCUUGCUUCUCUCAUCUCCCUUCCUCAGCUUGGAGGACAUGGCCUCAGUGCUCCUGGGGGGCCCGCGAUGGCUGCUGCGGGGCCUCAUCACCCAUCACUGGGACAACGCAAAGGCGGUGCCAGCCGCGGCGGCCGGCGGCUGGCAGGUCUUUAUCGUGCACCCGAAGCGGGAUGAGAUCGUGCCUGUCGCGCAGGGACAGGAACUCCAGAAGUUCGUGGAGAAGCAGGGCAAGAGCUGCCAGCUCGUUCAGCCGGAGGGCUGCGGGCACAACGAUGUGCUCUUUGCAGCCCUGGGGACCUAUGCCGCGUUGCUGGGCAGCCGCUUGUGA